AUGGCAGCUGUGAAGCGGAAAGCAUACGCAGAUCUGGAGAAAGGCUCUACCUCCCCGCACAUCGUAGCCCUGGCGAUCCACGGCGGAGCCGGCGGCACCACCACGCUCGACAUGCCGCCCGAUCUUCUCGCUGCAUAUCGGAUACGUCUCCGCACAGUCCUCGUCAUGACCUACGAGCACAACCACACAGCUUCGCUCGACGCCGUCUGUCAUGCCGUCUCGCAGCUCGAAGACUCGCCGCUCUUCAACGCAGGCAAAGGUGCCGUGUUCGAUCUGGCUGGACACACGGUGUGUGAGAGCUCUCUGAUGACCACGCAGGCCGGUUUCAACUCCAAGACGGUCGCAGUCACAGGUGUGCGUAGGACCAGGAAUCCAAUCUUGCUGUCCAAGGUCUUGCUUGAGAACAAUAGGGAGCUCGGAGGACACGCGUUCUAUUCCGGUAUGGAGGCCGAGAGGGCAGGAUGGAAGUACGGCACACAACGCGUCAAUUCAAAGUAUUACUGGACCAGGAGAAGAUGGCUAGAGCACAAGAGAGGCCUCGACUCGAAGCUUGCAGAUCUGGCCGAGAGUGAUGCUGCCACUGCAGUAGAAGAACAGGAGGACGUCGAUAAAGAUGCAGAGCAGGGUCUACCAGCGUACUCAGAUUCAACGAGCCCUUUCGAGCCAGAGGUGCUAGACGAGCACGAGCACGAAGAUCAAUCGAUCCUUGACCGAUAUGCCCACCUUACUGACUUCCUACCGCAAGGCACUGUUGGAGCAGUCGCACUCGACUCGAACGGCAAUCUCUCCGUCGCUACCUCGACCGGCGGCAAGACCAACAAAUACCCUGGGCGUAUUGGAGACACUCCUUCUGUCGGAUCUGGAUUCUGGGCCGAUGCCUGGUCCGCUCCAGCAAAUGCUCGCCAUCACAGGUCCAGCGGACAUCGCUCGUUUAUCGGUCGUCUCUUUGUCUCGCUCUUCCGACGGACCAAAGCCAAGGCUGAUGGAGACAAACAGCAAGCAAUUGCAAUCUCUGGUACAGGCGAUGGUGAUUUCUUCCUCCGCACCAACUUUGCUUCCUCUCUAGCCCAUCGUAUCAAGUACGGCAACACGUCUUUCGACCAAGGCAUCGAAUCUUCCAUGAAGGAGCUCGUCGACCUGUAUGGAGCGGAAAAGGGCGUUGGAGGUGCGAUCAUCUUGGACGACCGAGGCAAUGCAUACUUUCCUCUGGCCGCCAGCACAAUGAACAGAGGCCUCAUCUCCAAGAGUACGGGAUACAGGCCAAAAGUUGCCAUCUUUGACGAUGAAGAUCUGGCGUAA